UCUCCCGACUUCCCCCGUGGUUCAUGUCUGAAAUGUGUAUAAAGACACACUAACAGUGGUGUUAAGGUUCUUUUCUGACUCUGGGCAAGAAGGUGAACAGGUUCAUCCAGUAAAUGUGAAACUCAAUUUUAGACUUGGUUUGUGGUUCAUGUGAACGAAUGUAAAUCUACUUCCUCCUAAGUGUGUUUGUAUGUGUGCAUAUAUGCAUGUGUGUGUGUGUGUGUGUGUCCUUGACGGUACGUGGUCGAUAGCCAGACAAACGGGCCCUCUCUCUUCCAAACGACAGGUCCCAGCAGACUGAGCUGACCUGGUUUCAGUGCACAGCGGAGCCGAGUUAUCGCGCCACCGCUUGCUCUGAUCUCAGAACAAAUUCUAAACGCGCUGAGCUUCCUGUAACUGCACUGUUGCAAAAUAGAUCAACAGGCCUGUUUAUUUCACAGGCCCGCUCUCACGCUUCAGUCGUCUUGGAUCUGCUGCAAACCUCUGCCACUUGCAACAGUUUAUUUCCACUUUGAAUCAGCCAUUUCAUGGAGUCUCCACAAGAGAAGCUCUCUGCUGCUUUUUCGCCCAUCUCCUCAUCUCCUCUCCCCCCUUUUCCACUCGCCGUCUGGCUCGAGAGGAAGUGAGAGACAGUUGGUGCUCGCUUGUCUGUACUGUAGGCUAUUGGUAGUGGCAAAAUGGCAGCUUCGGUCUCAUCUGUCCUCCUUCCUCUACCUCCCUCACCCUCUCCUCUGAGAGAAGUAACCCAGAUUUUAAAAUGAAUUCCCCUCAAUCUUUCUCCUCUCUCUCUCUCUAUCCUUCUCUCUGUGUCUCUCUCUCUCUCUCGCUCUCUCUCUCUCUAUCUCUCCUUCUGUCUCUCCAUCUCUCGUCCUCUUCUUAGUAAAAACAGAAUCAAUCUUGGAAAGAGAAUACCACCUCUCUAUCUCGUCCUCCUCCUCACCCUGCCUCUGGGUUAACGGAUAUAUACCAGUUCACUCUUCUCUUUUUGUUUCCUAGAAAGCUAGAGUCUCUCGGAACGUUUGUUGCUGUCUCUUUUUUUACGCAUUUUUCUUUAUUCUUUCUUUUUUUUUAUUUUGGCUGACUCUUCUCCACUGCACCGCUUCGCUGGGUUUUUCUGUCUCUUCUCUCCAUCUUUCUCCCCUUUUUUUUCUAAGGUGACCAGCUACAGGUGUGACACUUUAGCCUUUUGUUUGAGGUGAACCAGACAAAGAGAAUAGAGAGGAGGAGAAGAAAGCUGCCCUUCAGUCCACAGAUUCAGGCAUCAUGUCUACCCCGGUCUCCCCUUCCCCCUCGCUCUCCCCGUUGACACUGGCCUCCCCUACAUCAGCAACCUCCCCCGGUGCUUCCCCUUUGCCCUCGCCCCUCUCCCCUCCACCCAGAGUGCCCGUGUUCCAGAGGAAGGGAGCGCUCAAACACAAGAGGAUUGUGGAGGUGAAAGACCACCAGUUCACGGCACGCUUCUUCAAACAGCCCACCUUCUGCAGCCACUGCACCGACUUCAUCUGGGGCAUUGGCAAACAGGGAUUCCAGUGUCAAGUGUGCAGUUUUGUGGUGCACAAACGAUGCCACGAGUUUGUGACCUUCACUUGUCCGGGCUCCGUUGCGGCCCCCAGACCAGAAGACCUAAAGAGUCAACACACAUUUAAGAUCCAGACCUACUCCAGUCCGACCUUCUGUGACCACUGCGGCUCGCUGCUGUACGGCCUCAUACACCAGGGCAUGAAAUGCACCUGUUGUGACAUGAACGUCCAUCGGCGAUGUGAGACGAGUGUUCCCAGCCUCUGCGGUGAGGACCACACAGAGAAGAGAGGAAGAAUCCACCUGACAGUCAGAGGAGACAAGGAGGACGUCUAUGUCACAGUGCUGGAGGCUCGUAACCUGAUGCCCAUGGAUCCUAAUGGCCUGUCAGACCCCUAUGUUAAACUGAAAUUGAUUCCGGACCCAAAGAGCCACAGCAAACAAAAGACCAAGACCAUUCGCUCCACACUCAAUCCCGUCUGGAAUGAGAGUUUCAUUUUCUCAGUGCGUGGUCACCAGUGGGACAGGCGACUCUCUGUGGAGGUCUGGGACUGGGACCGCACGUCCAGGAACGAUUUCAUGGGGGCGCUGUCAUUCGGGGUGAGUGAGAUCUUCAGGCGUCCCAUCAGCGGCUGGUUCAAACUGCUGGCCCAGGAUGAGGGAGAGUACUACAACAUCCCUGUGCCAGACCCGGACCUGCAGGAGCCUCAGCUGGAUGCCUCAACACCCUCUCUGCCUCAAGCAGUACCUGCCCCGCUGUCUGAACCCUUCCCUACGGCCCUGUCCCCGACCCCUGUCUCGCCCUGUCCACCCGUCCACACCCCCCUCCCCAGCAUAGUCAAAGUGGGCAUCCACGACUUUAACUUCCUCAUGGUGCUGGGCAAAGGCAGCUUUGGCAAGGUGCUGCUGGCGGAGGAGAGAGGCAGCGAGCGUCUGUUCGCAGUCAAAGUGUUGAAGAAAGACGUUCUCUUCCAGGACGAGGACACGGAGAGCGCCCUGGUGGAGCGGAGGGUCCUGGCGCUCUCCUCUCGCCCUCACUUCCUCACAUCGCUCUACUGCGCCUUCCAGAGUGAGGACCGCCUGUAUUAUGUGAUGGAAUAUGUCAACGGAGGAGACCUGAUGUUCCACAUUCAGAUAGUUGGCAAGUUCAAAGAGCCUCAUGCAGCGUUCUAUGCAGCAGAGAUAGCGGUGGGCCUCUUCUACCUCCACAGCAAAGGCAUCAUCUACAGGGAUCUGAAGCUGGAUAAUGUGCUGCUUGACAGCGAGGGCCACAUAAAGAUAGCCGACUUUGGGAUGUGCAGGGAGGGCAUGUUCGAGGGCGACACCACUCGCACCUUCUGCGGCACCCCUGAUUACAUCGCCCCCGAGAUUGUGGCAUACCAGCCCUAUGAUAAAGCCGUGGACUGGUGGUCUUUUGGGGUGCUGCUGUAUGAAAUGCUGGCAGGACAGCCCCCGUUUGAUGGUAUUGAUGAGGAGGAGCUGUUUCAGUCCAUCAUGGAGCAGAGCUUGUCGUACCCCAAGACUCUCACCCGUGAAGCUGUUGCCAUCUGCAAGGGACUCCUGACAAAGCACCCUGCGAAGCGUCUGGGCGGAGGAGAGGACGCUGAGAGAGAGAUUAGGGAGCAUCCGUUCUUCCGCUGGAUUGACUGGGACCGUCUGGAGAGACUGGAGAUCCCGCCGCCCUUCAAACCCAGAACUGGCGGGAAAAAAGGUGAAAACUUCGACAAGUUCUUCACUGCAGCUCCGUCGGUGCUCACUCCCUCCGACCCGGACAUAAUGGAGGCCAUCAACCAGGAAGACUUCGAAGGCUUCUCCUUCCUCAACCCAGAAUUUGCCCCCUCGCCUCUCACCGCUGUUUGAAAAUAGCUCCCACACCCCUUUUAAAUGUAAUCCCCUUAUUAAUAGUAGUUUUAUAACAGAGACAUUGAAACUCCUCUCAUAUUCAGAUUCUGACGUUUACAUAAAACUGCCAAGACACCUUUGUAUCCAUGCACUCUAUUCGAUGUAUGUAUUUCAUCUAGAUAGUCUCAGAAUAUGCAGAGAUAUGCAAUUAUUAUAGAUUCCCAUUUUAGAGUUUCUGUUUUUGUAAGACGUCCAUUAACUUGAUAUCAGACGGCUGUAGUGUGACUGUAGUAUGAGCACAUACUGUACUUCACCUGUAUGCAUGCACUGUUUGUAGAAUGAACUACUAGGAAUAGAUUAUCCAAGAAAGAUAGACAACCUAUUUAUUUUCAACAUUUACCACUGUUUUGAUGACCAUCAUCUUGUGUUGUAGAAGCCAAACAAAGACAUGGUUCAACUCCAGGUAGCGGGCAAAACAAGUCUGUCCAUUUUUUAUCAUUUUUCAUUUCAUAAGCAGGAGUUUUCCUAAGAGGUCUGCUCCAGUUUAACACGGCACAGUAGCUCGGCAUCCGAACCCCUUUCAAUAUCUCAAUAUCUGCGAUGCGAGCUGCAUGGGCAACAAUGGCCUCCCGUGGAAGUGCUCAGUCAGGAUCCUGUGGCCCCGGCUGGACCUCUCGGUUAACGUCACACCAGCGACCUCCUGUGACCCAGUGAGACAGUGAAACAGCUCAGCGGGCACGAUGUGACGGUUAAUGUAGGAUACAGCGCUGCCCUGCAGCUCAGUCACACGCGGCCAGGAGGCGGUCCUCACAUUGCUGCACCAUUUUUUUCUUCACAGAUUAGUUUUUCCUCGUGUUUUUCUCCUAUUACUCCUCUGCAAAGUAUGGAAUUAGGCCUUGCAAAUGACAGUAUAUGACCUCCUUUUGAAACCUUACAUUUGCACUGAAAUAUUUUUUGCUUAUUUGGAAAAAAAUGCCUCUGCACGCAACUAAAACAGGAGGAUUGUCAGUUUGCACAGGUACAUAUACUUGUGUAUUUUAGUGGUGUAGAGCAUGAGGCUUUUUGCUGUGUAAUGACACCCGCAGCAUUGAUUAGGGAGUAAUUAAAAGUGAGACUCGCCGGGACUGUUCAAUACAUGGAAAAAUAAUAGCAGCAGUGUCAUUAAACCCUAUCUGAGCGGGGCAGGUGGCAGCAAACGUACAGUUUAAUAAUCCCAUUACAGCGCUCUUAUCUCACAAAGCAGACGGUCAUUUCACACACAAAUCUGCUUCUCUAUGACUUUUUUUUUCUGUGAAGGCAAAAAGAUCCAUUUAGCAAUUUCUCAUCCCCGGGAGAAGAAUCCUCCUUUUUUUUUGUUUUAAGUGCUGAUGUCCAUGCGCCUGUAACUGGUGAGAGCGGUCCAUCUCUUCGCCUUACCUUUGUUUGACACACUUACGUAACAACAUGACAUUUACAGUAGAUAUUUCAAUCAAUGAUAGAUAAGCAAUAGAUCAUUUAUGUAUAUUUGUUGGUUGAGUUAAUUUCUGUUUUUACGUGCUGGAAAAAAGAACGUUGAAAUAAAGUCCCGUGGGAAAAGAAAGUCAUGAAACGAGGACGGCGAGGUGUUUCCUUCUGUGAUGUUUGUGUGAAGCCGCUGAGAAACAAACAUGCAUCAGCUUUGUCUUCACCACACGCCUCUUUGUCACGCUCACUUUUCACACAUACUCACAAGUGCAAUCGCAGCAAUGUACACACACACACACACACACACACACACACACACACACACACACACACACACACACACACACACAGAAGAUGCUGACCCCUCUAUUUACUGGGGUGCUGUAGUUGUCGAAGCAGCAAAACCACCUCUCAGGCAUCACACUCUCCCUCCCGUCUCCUCCUCCUCCUUCUUUCCCGUCGUCCUCCCUCCCUUCUGCUCCUCCCUCCCUCCCUCCCUCCCCUCCAGCAUCAUGAUGGGACUAAUAUCCCCAUAGAGAUCUGAGUUAUAACAAGUUGACCUUCACUUUAAAAUCUCAUCAACUAACAAUCUCCCUCUCCACCUCCCUCCCCUCCUCUUUAUCUGCCCUUCAUCUCUGUCUCUCUCUCUCUCUCUCUUCCUCCUCUGUUUGUCUUCUGUGUCAGUGCCGCACUGUAAAUGCUUUACUGUGUUGUUUCCUCUCGUCCUGUGUAAAGUGUAGAAUUUAUUGUGGUUGCUGUUAUCUCUCUGAAAUACCCCCGCUGUCUUGUGUUAAAACAAGUGUCUCGUCUUGUUGUAUUUCAUCAAUAUUAUGAUCUGUUUUACACGUAUACUUAAUAUUCUCUAUCAUGGUUCACAAGACAGGGACACACUGAAAGGGCUGCAGAGGACAAACACAGAUAAACUCAGUUUGUGCUGCGAUAUAGUUUGAAAGAUUUAAGCUACAAUAACUAUAAAAAAUAAUUAAUAAAUAAAUAAAAAAUAAUGUAAAAGUGAAUUUUUACUGCCAAACAUCUGGAUGAACAUCCAGAUGUUCUUUGUGUAGAUCAUUUUUACUAAUCAUGUCCAGAUGUUUUUAUGAGUUUCUGUGAGGAGGACAUUUCGAGACAUAUCUUUUAUGAUGGCAGAUGAGACUUAUUAAUAAUCUCUGUAACACACAAUAGUUGAAUAAAAUCAAACUGAUGCAUUUCACACUUAAUUUUCUUCAUCUUUAAAGAAAAUAAAACAGUUAGAAACAUUUUCUUCUGAAAACUAUGAAUCCUAUUCGUUUUUUUCUUCAUGUAUUUUUCAAUAUGAUAUAAAUCUGUUUUUGACGUCUCAUUUCAACUCCACACAACAACCUUUACUCCAACCUUGACAUUAUAUGACUUUGUGCGAGCUGGACCUCUAAUGCCCACUGAUCGGAGCUGUGUGUGUGUGCGUGUGUGUGUGUGUGUGUGUGUGUGUGUGUGUGUGUGUGUGUGUGUGUGUGUGUGUGUGUGUGUGUGUGUUGUGUGUGUGUGUGUGUGUGGGUGUGUGCAAACCAUCACUCACUGUCACUGUGACAUGAUAUCAUCCCUCAUCUUCACCACUGCCUCUUCUUCCUCCAGCUCCAUCCCUCCUCUGUUUCUGUCUCUCAUUGUCACACACACACCCCUCUCCUCCUGUGCUCAUGCCCUGAGGUCAGAGUGUGCUGCAGAGUAUUGAUAUCGUUACUAAAAAUAUAGGGUUCCUCCACCAGCCGGCUAAAAAUAGAGCAAAGGACAUAGACCACAGGAGACAUGGGAGGAGGGGGGCUGAAGAAGAGGAGGAGCGGGAUGAAGAGAGAGGGAGAG